UCCCUUUCUUCAUUUUUUCGGUUCGUUUCCUGGUCAUUUCUCUUUGAAAUUGCCCGCCACUCAGCUCAGCUCUCCCUUCUUUGCUUCCUGUUACCCAACAAAACACACACACACUCUCUGUCUCUCGCUCUCUUUGCCUUCACAAUUCCACAAUUUUAAAAAGGAUUGUGAUACGCGCCAAUUCGAUAAUCAUGGGAGAUUUGUCAAGUGAGGAUAUUUCAAAUAUGCUUCGGAUACUUGUUGCAACUGAUUGUCACUUGGGAUAUAUGGAGAAGGAUGAAGUACGGCGGCAUGAUUCUUUUCAGGCGUUUGAAGAGAUUUGUUCAAUAGCAGAGCAAAAGCAGGUGGACUUCUUACUUCUUGGUGGUGAUCUUUUCCAUGAAAAUAAGCCCUCGAGGUCAACAUUAGUCAAGGCCAUUGAGAUUCUCCGUCGUCAUUGCCUCAAUGAUCGACCUGUGCAGUUCCAAGUUGUUAGCGACCAGACUGUGAAUUUUGCAAAUAGAUUUGGCCAUGUAAAUUAUGAAGACCCCCACUUCAAUGUUGGCUUACCAGUGUUCAGCAUCCAUGGAAAUCAUGAUGAUCCUGCUGGAGUGGACAACCUUUCAGCCGUCGAUAUUCUCUCAGCAUGCAAUCUUGUAAACUAUUUCGGGAAAAUGGCUCUUGAAGGCUCUGGUGUUGGUCAAAUUACACUCUAUCCUAUCCUUGUUAGGAAGGGUUCAACAGCUGUGGCGCUCUAUGGUCUUGGAAACAUUAGGGAUGAACGACUCAAUAGAAUGUUUCAGACACCACAUGCUGUGCAAUGGAUGAGACCUGAAUCUCAAGAAGGGUGUGAACUGUCUGAUUGGUUCAACAUAUUGGUGCUUCACCAGAACAGAGUGAAGACAAAUCCAAAGAAUGCAAUAAAUGAACACUUCCUACCAAGAUUUAUGGACUUCAUCGUGUGGGGGCAUGAGCAUGAAUGUCUUAUUGAUCCUCAGGAAGUUCCUGGUAUGGGAUUUCACAUCACACAACCAGGUUCUUCAGUUGCAACAUCACUAAUCGAUGGAGAGUCAAAGCCAAAGCAUGUGCUGCUUCUAGAAAUUAAGGGAAACCAAUAUCGCCCAACCAAGAUACCUUUGACCUCAGUGAGGCCUUUUGAAUAUGCAGAGGUCGUCUUAAAGGAUGAAAAUGACAUUGAUCCCAAUGAUCAGAGUUCUAUUCUUGAACAUUUGGAUAAAGUGGUCAACAAUCUGAUAGAGAAAUCUAAUAAAAAGGCUGUUAGCAGAUCAGAGCUAAAGCUUCCAUUAGUUCGAGUAAAGGUAGAUUACUCUGGAUUUAUGACGAUAAAUCCUCAAAGAUUUGGGCAAAAGUAUGUUGGGAAGGUUGCAAAUCCUCAAGAUAUUCUUAUAUUUUCAAAGGCUUCAAGGAAGGGUCAGGGACAAGCUAAGAUUGAUGAUUCUGAACGCCUUCGCCCAGAAGAGCUAAAUCAACAAAACAUAGAAGCUUUGGUAGCUGAAAGUAAUCUGAAAAUGGAGAUUCUUCCAGUCAACGAUUUGGAUGUUGCGCUGCACAAUUUUGUUAACAAAGAUGACAAAAUGGCAUUCUAUUCUUGUGUGCAGUACAAUCUUCAAGAAACCCGUAAUAAAAUUGCGAAGGAUUCAGACACGAUAAAGUUUGAAAAGGAGGAUAUAAUUCUCAAAGUUGGAGAAUGUUUAGAGGAACGUGUCAAGGAAAGGUCUAUGCACUCUAAGGAUGCUCCACAAAUUUCAUCUAGUGCACAUUCCAUAGAGGAUUUCAGAAGUAUAGGUACUGCAGGAGUCGGAAGUGCAGUUUCCUUUAGUGAUGAUGAAGACACAACACAACUAUCUGGUUCAAAGGCCUCCAGUAGAAACCAGAAAGGAUCAAGAUUAGUUUCUAGGCCUUCUUAUGAUGAUGCUUCAGAGGCCGAUAAAGGUAAAACUUCUACAAGAGGAAGGGGUAGGGGCAGAGGCAGAGGCAGAGGCCGAGGCCGAGGCCGAGGCUCAAAUAAUUUGAAGCAGACAACCCUUGAUGUAUCUCUUGGAUUUCGCCAGUCUCAAAGAUCUGCAUCAGUUGCUGCAACAGCAGCAGUUAGAAGUAUUGCUGAUGAAGAGGAAAAUGUGGAAUCUGCUUCAAGUGAAGAUGCUGAGAAUAGAAUCAAUGAAGUUGGGGACAGUUCGGAUGAUGCUGAAAGAAUUCCAGGCAAAGGGGGAAAAAGAGCUGCUCCUAUAGGAAGAGGUAGAGGUGGUCCAUCAAAGCGAGGAAAGAAAUCAGAUAAUUCAGCAAUUCAGAGAAUGCUCAUGGGCAAGGAUGACGAUGACGAUGAUGAUGAUGCAGCAAAGCGAUUAAAUAAGUCUCAACCUCGGAUAACAAGGAAUUAUGGAGCUUUAAGAAGGUAAGAACAAGAGGUUCAACAUCUCUGCAGCAAUAGUGGUCAACUAUCAAACAUAUGGUUUGUUCUGGUCAGACAUUAUGUAAACCUAGGGGUAAGCAAAACUCUAGAAAACCAGAAAACCAAACUGAACUGGUUCUAUUCGGUUCGGGUUGGUUCCUUUCUAUGGUUUAUCCUUCUGUUUAGUUUAUCUCGGUUCAUAUUUACAUAUUUACAUAUAAUUCGGUUCAAGUGGUUCUAUUUA